AUGGGUAACCAGAGAUUAAUGGGCUGGACUUGUAAGGGGAGGAAGAUUCAUGAUGGGGCUUUGAUUGCGUGUGAAAUUGUGCAAUGGUUGAAGCAAAGAAAGAAGAAAUUAGCAAUAAUCAAACCGGACUUUCAAAAAGCUUACGAUAGAAUCAAGUGGAAGUUUGUGGAUAUUGUACUUCAGAAAAUGGGCUUUGGCCAAAGAUGUCGAGGAUGGAUAAAGGAAUGUGUGUGCACAGCGUCUAUGUUGUUUUUGAUAAAUGGCUCGCCUUCUAAAUCUGUUAAAAUGGAAUGGGGCUUACGACAAGGGGAUCCACUUUCUCCGUUUCUCUUUGUUCUUGUGUUGAGGUCCUUCAUAGGAUGGUAG